CCGCACCGACCUGACCGUGCUGGUGGCUCACAACGACGACCCCACCGACCAGAUGUUCGUCUUCUUCCCCGAGGAGCCCAAGGUGGGGAUCAAGACGAUCAAGAUGUACUGCCAGCGCAUGCAGGAGGAGAACAUCACCCGGGCCCUGAUCGUGGUGCAGCAGGGAAUGACCCCCUCGGCCAAGCAGUCCCUGGUGGACAUGGCUCCCAAAUACAUCCUGGAGCAGUUCCUGCAGCAGGAGCUUCUGAUCAACAUCACUGAGCACGAGCUGGUCCCAGAGCACGUUGUCAUGACCAAGGAGGAGGUGACAGAGCUACUGGCCCGAUACAAACUGAGGGAGAACCAGCUGCCCAGGAUCCAGGCUGGGGACCCCGUGGCCCGGUACUUUGGGAUAAAGCGCGGCCAGGUGGUGAAGAUCAUCAGGCCCAGCGAGACAGCAGGACGGUACAUCACCUACAGGCUGGUGCAGUGACCCCAGCGUGGGUAAGGCCCAGGGAACCCCAGGGCUG